CCGGGCGCCGUCGCUGGCGGUGGCAGCGCUGGGGCCCGGGGCGGCCCGGGAGCCGGGGCCUCCGAGCUGGCCGCCUCGGGGUCCCUGUCCAAUGUGCUCUCGUCGGUGUACGGGGCGCCCUAUGCCGCUGCGGCAGCUGCGGCCGCCGCCGCCCAAAGCUACGGCGCUUUCCUGCCCUACGCUGCUGAGCUGCCCAUCUUCCCGCAGCUGGGCGCGCAGUAUGAGCUGAAGGACAGCCCCGGGGUGCAGCAUCCGGCCGCGGCCGCCGCGUUCCCGCACCCGCACCCUGCCUUCUACCCGUAUGGCCAGUACCAGUUCGGGGACCCGUCCCGUCCCAAGAACGCCACCCGGGAGAGCACUAGCACGCUCAAGGCCUGGCUCAACGAGCACCGCAAGAACCCCUACCCCACCAAGGGCGAGAAGAUCAUGCUGGCCAUCAUCACCAAGAUGACCCUCACCCAGGUGUCCACCUGGUUCGCCAACGCGCGCCGGCGCCUGAAGAAGGAGAACAAGAUGACGUGGGCGCCCCGCAGCCGUACCGACGAGGAGGGCAAUGCCUACGGGAGCGAGCGCGAGGAGGAGGACGAGGAGGAGGACGAGGAGGACAGCAAACGGGACCUGGAGCUGGAGGAGGAGGAGAUGGGAGGGGAGGAGGAGGACACGGGGGGCGAGGGCCUGGCGGACGACGACGAGGAGGAGAUCGAUUUGGAGAACUUAGACGGUGCGGCCGCGGGGCCCGAGCUGGCCCUGGCCGGGACGGCGCACAGGGACAACGACCUCAGCCUGGGACCCCUUUCAGACUCCAAGAACAGCGACUCGGAUGAGGGCUCCGAGGGCUUGGAGGAGCGUCCACUGCCAGCCCUGAGUCUGGCCCCUGCACCGCCACCAGCGGUGACCGCUGCUUCGCUGUCUCCACCUUCGCCCCCCGCAGGCCUGGACCCCUGCGCUGCUCGCACCCCAGCGCCCGCAUCCGCCCUGCAGAAGCCCAAGAUCUGGUCCCUGGCGGAGACGGCCACGAGCCCGGACAACCCGCGCCGCUCGCCUGCGGGCUCCGGGGGCUCUCCCCCGGGGGCAGCCGUCGCUCCCCCGGCCUUGCAGCUCUCCCCGGCCGCUGCCGCCGCCGCUGCGGCUCACAGACUCGUCUCCUCGCCGUUGGGCAAGUUCCCCGCUUGGACCAACCGGCCGUUCCCAGGCCCGCCGCCCGGCCCACGCCCGCACCCGCUCUCCCUGCUCGGCUCGGCCCCUCCACACCUGCUGGGCCUUCCCACAACCACCGGCCACCCGGCCGCCGCUGCAGCCUUCGCUAGGCCAGCGGAGCCCGAGGGUGGAACAGAUCGCUGUAGUGCCUUGGAAGUGGAGAAAAAGUUACUCAAGACAGCUUUCCAGCCCGUGCCCAGGCGGCCCCAGAACCACCUGGACGCCGCACUGGUCUUAUCAGCUCUCUCCUCAUCCUAGUUCGUUAAAAAAGAAUUUUUUAAAAUCAUUAUAUUAAUUGUAAAAAAAAAAAAAAUCCUCUGUAUAGUUAAGACUUGUAAGCAUGUCCGUGUAUGAAUACCUACAAGAGAAAACAAAAAAAAAUAAUAAUAAUAAAAAGAAAUUAAACAAGGCC